AUGCAAUAUCUCGGAACCGGCUUAGUAUCAGUCUUUUACAUUAUAAGAUCGCUUAUGUCCUCAUCGAAUCAAAUACAUGUAACAUCUACAAAUCAAAAUUUUUGGAACCUUGUAAUCAGAAUUAUAUUAAUUUCAGUGUUCGAAGUUAUUUCUACUAGUCUUAAUAUGAUAAGCCUCUCAAAUAUGCCACUGGGAGAUUGGCACAUGCUUAGAGGAACGUUUUACUUUUUCGAUUACUUUCUCUCUUAUAUUUUCUAUAGACAGAGAGUGUACACAUACAAAAUCAUAUUUAUCGCUUUGAUUUUUAUCUCAACAUGCACAAUAGCUAUUCAAUACGCGUUUUUAGGCUCAGAAACAAAAUUAAUUCGUGGAAGAUCAAUUCUCUUUUCAUUACUUGCUCAGUUCUUUCAAGCUUGCCAAAUAUUAUUCGAGUUCAGAUACUUUACAGACCCUUCUGAUCCAGUUGAAAUGUUAAUUGGGUUAGAAGGCAUAAUAUCAAUGAUGUUAUGCAUCUGUUUCGUUUUACCUAUCUUCCAUUUCGUUAAAACUCCAGGUUUUAACAGCUUACAUGAAAAUAUUUUCGAUACAAUUUCAAUGAUUAAAAAUAGUACGACGUUAAUAGUAUUGGUGUUGCUCUACAUCUUAUUUGUUACAUUCUAUCAUAUAUUAUCAGUAUUUUUAAUCGAAAGAGCAACAGAUCGAACAAGAUCAAUUUUAGGUUGCAUUAGAAGUGCAACAAUAUUAGUUUCUUUACCGCUCAUAUAUCUGAUUGAUAAAUCCAGUGGCCAAUCUUUUACUUUGUCAACAAUUAUUUUAUAUUUGGCAUCUGCUAUAGAAAUCGUUGGAUUUUUAAUGUAUGAUGCAGUUUUCAGAAUAAGAAGACUCAGUUAUCCUCCAGGAACUGAAAUAGGAACAAAUGAUAUCGUUGGAUAUAAUGAAGAAGAUAGUCCUCUGAUUUUAAGAAGUAAAGCAUCCACUGAUACAAAUAAUGCAGUUCAAAUCCUUUAA